UCACAGCCAUUAUCAUUCUACGGGAAAUAAGAAUAGAAAUCGGAUUCAUUUGAAAAUGUCGUAUAUACGAAAUUUGCUGGAAUCGUCUAUUAAAAGAAGAGACCAAGGAGCCGACUGGCUGCAAAGCUGCUUCUAUAUCUUCAGCUUGAAAACUGGUUGCCGAAUGAUAGCCCUCAUCGAAGCUUUAAUCAGUGGAAUGCAAAUAUAUUUAAGUCGUGAGGAAUCCCAUUUUAUAGACCAUCCUUACUUGGGCAAUGCCCUCGAAACGUUGACUCUUUUGAAUUCUUUGAUACUCCUUAUGGGAACCGAGUUGGCCCAUAUACCCUGCCUUAUCCUUUGGCUUUUCAUAACUAUGCUGUCCAAGACAAUCGACUUGAUAAUACACCUAAUGGAAGGCAUUGAUCUCACGUCCAUGUUUUUUCUAUGCACUUUUCUUAUCAUUAAACUCUAUUUUUGCCUAGUGGUUGCAUCUUUAAUUUUGAAAUUGCAAGACAAACUUCGUGCCAGUCUCACGGAAAUGGAAGUCCUGUACAAACAAGACCAAGAGGUUUAAGAGGACGGAAAAUUGUCUCACCAACAAAUAUGAAUAUAUUUAUUUUAAGUACAAAUAAAGUAAAAUGUAUAACAGCUUACAAGCUAA